AUGGCGAGAACCAAGACGAAAAACCACACCCAGCAACAAAAGGACAUCCUCCGCUCCACCUCCGCUCCGCUUGUGAAGUCCCCGCCGCCGAAGAAGUCCCAAAAGUCAAUCGAAAACCUCCUGACCGAAGCGGCCGAGUUACUCGAACAGGCACAACCCGAACUCGCCCUACCACUUGCGGAGGAGGCUCUGCAACGUCUCGAAGCGGAUCGCCGGCACCACCAGAAGCCCUCGCAGAAUGGAGACGAGACGGAUAUCGAAGAGCUCCUCUCCCUGGCCGCCCGGGGACAACCUACACUACCUACCGCAUUAGUCCUCAACGCCGAAAUACGCGUGGCGCUCGGAGAUGUCGAGCCCGCGCGAAGGAACUUCGCCCGAGCGACGCAGAUGGACAGGGACGGGGCACUAAUAUCGGCGGAACCGUGGCUCUGGCUUGCCCAGCUCUGCGAAGAAGGCGGAAGGGAAAGUAUCCGGUGCUUUGAACAGGCUUGCGAAGUCUUGAGGAAUGAGAUCGAUGUGAUUGAGGAGGCGGCCAGUGGGAAUGGCGAGACAGGCGCCGGGAAGGUGCUCGACGAGAAGAAGGCGAAGCUGGCGGACGCCCUGUGCGCCAUGGCCGAGGUCUACAUGACCGAUCUGUCGUGGGAGGCCGACGCCGAAACGCGGUGCGAAGCGCUGGUCACAGAGGCGGUGGCGGUCUGUCCGGAAGACAUGGCCGCGGGGGUUUUGCAGACGCUGGCCAGCGUGCGGAUAAGCCAAGAACGAAUCGACGAGGCCAGAACGGCGUUGAAGAGAAGUCUGGAUAUCUGGCAUAAGGAGCCCGGCCCCGCAUCGUCCGAGGACACGCCUCAAGACCCUACUCGAAGUGAAGACGGUUCGGAGGAAGACGCUCGAAAACCCGACUUCGCAACGCGAGUGUCGCUUACCCGCCUGCUCAUGGAAGUCGAGCUCGAACCGCUCGCUCUGGUCGUGUUGGAUGGCCUCGUCCGCGAAGAUGAUCAGAGUGUCGAGUGCUGGUACUUGGGCGGGUGGUGCCAUGUCCUCAUUUCUCAGAAGUCUGGAAUCACGUCCGAGGAGAAAUCGAAAAACCAACAGACGGCGAGAACGUGGUUGGAAAACUGCUUGAGAUUAUACCCUGUGCUGAGUUAUGACGACGAACGGCUACGGGACCACGCCGUCGAAUUGGUUGGGGGUUUGAAGAACGAGCUCAGUGCAGAGGGUGAAAUGGAUGAAGACGAUGAUGAUGCUUGGGAAGACAUGGAUGGGCAGGACGGUGACGAGGAUGACGAUGGUGAUGUCGAGCUCGAAAUCGAAGACGAGGAUGUGAAAGGCCAUGGUGCCGCGAACGCCGGUGAUGGCGAUGUGGAAAUGACAUAG